AUGAAGUACAUUCAAACCGAACAAUCCAUUGCUGUUCCAGAAGGUGUUACCGUUAGCAUCAAGUCCAGAGUCGUUAAGGUUACUGGUCCAAGAGGUACUUUGGUCAAGUCCUUGAAGCACAUUGAUGUUACUUUCACCAAGGUCAGCGAGAAGUUGAUCAAGGUUACCGUCCACAACGGUGACAGAAAGCACGUUGCUGCUUUGAGAACUGUCAAGUCUUUGGUUGACAACUUGAUCACCGGUGUCACCAAGGGUUACAAGUACAAGUUGAGAUACGUCUACGCGCAUUUCCCAAUCAACGUUAACACUAUUGACAAGGACGGUAAGAAGUUCAUUGAAAUCAGAAACUUCUUGGGUGACAAGAAGGUCAGAUUGGUCCCAGUUAGAGAAGGUGUCGAUGUCGAAUUCUCUACCACCCAAAAGGAUGAAUUGGUCUUGUCCGGUAACUCUGUUGAAGACGUUUCCCAAAACGCCGCUGAUGUUCAACAAAUCUGCCGUGUCAGAAACAAGGAUAUCCGUAAGUUCUUGGAUGGUAUCUACGUUUCCCACAAGGGUUUCAUCGAAGAAGAAUUGUAA